AUGGCUAUAUCAGUUUGGAAAUGGAUCCUUUGGUUGAAAAGAAAGAACAAGCUGUUGUUACACUUGGCCCACAAGUUUGCGAAGGUGAGAAUGUCUUCUGUGUUUCGCACAUCUUCGCUUCUUUCAACGACACUUGUGCAUGUCGCUGGUCUUUCUGGACGCGAAACUAUUGUGAAAAAUACUGGUGGAAUGCAUGUAAAAGCUGACAAGGAUGAGGCGAGUUUAUACACAGCGAUGCUUGCUGCUCAGGACGUUACUGAACGUUGCAAACAGGUUGGGAUUACUGCUCUUCAUGUUAAACUUUGCGCAAUGGGUCCGGGCUCUGGAGCUCAGGCGGCGCUUUGUGCUCUUCCUCGUUCUGAAGUGAAGAUUGGACGUAUUGAGGAUGUUACACCAAUACCAACGGAUACUACACGUCGUAAGGGAGGUCGUCGUGGACGUCGUUUAUAA